ACCUUAAAAUAACAAGAUAUGCCGAAAAUUAGUCACUAAUUAUAUUUGCGAGUUAUUAUUUGGCUUUAAGACUUCAUACUCACGCGGGAGAAACGUGAAAAACAGUUUUGAAAAUGAAUAGCCAUCAAGAAAAAUACAUUUUGAUUGCAUGUAUAUCAUCAGCUGUUGUUCUUGCUAGCAUAUACUUUUUAUAUCGUAAAAAAAAAAAUACAAGAAAGUACAACCAUGAUGAAAACGAUGAAGUUGUAAAAUUUACUGAUUUGAAUUCUCAGGACAAUAACGUUAGUGAUUUUCAGACAAAAAAAGUAGUAAAGGUUCCAUCACAUAUUGUUGGAAGCAUUAUAGGAAAAAAUGGCACUAAUAUUAAUUAUCUUAAAUCCUAUUUUGGUGUUAGACUUGAUUUUAAAAAUAAAGAAGAAAAUGAUUUGAUCAAUGAUCAAGAAAAUCUGGCCUCAAACAAGACAAUUGACGAGAAAUUAAAAGAAAGAACUUUAGUUAUUACUGGAAACUAUGAGCAGGUGCAAGCAGCUGAAGAACAUGUAAAGAAAUUGAUUUUGGAAGCACCUCCAAUAAUAGAAGCUGAGAUUCUUGUUCCACAAUCAUCUUGUGGAAGAAUAAUUGGAAAAGGUGGACAAAAUAUUCGUGAGAUGUGCAAUACUUCAGGUGCAAAAAUUAUUGUCAAUAAAGAUCAAGAUAUUUCAAUUGGUGAUCAAUGUAGAGUACGCAUAACAGGUACAAAAACUCAAGUUGAUGAUGCAAUUUUGCUUGUUAAAAAAAAAGUCUCCCAAGAAGCAGAAUUUAAUAAAAAGAAUAAAACUGAUGAAAAUAUAAAGAAAGAAAACGCUGAUUUUACCAGAAACAAACAAUUCGACCAAAUUCAAAAUGUCAUUGAGCUGCCAUUAAGUAAUAUUCAAAAACCUUUAGAAUCACUACAGCUGCCUAUAAAUGAAUAUUUUAAAGUUUUUGUAUCUGCCUUCGAAACUCCAGAACAUAUUUGGGUGCAAUAUCUACACAGUGAGUCUCAAUCUUUAGAUGCAUUAAUAAAAGAGAUGACAGAAUUGUAUGGAGGAAAGCAAUCUCAAAUUGCUAGGUUGGAAAAAGGAACAAUAGGGGAUAUUUGUGUAGCUCCUUUUGACAAUGACAGUGGAGAGAUGUUUAGAGCUUGUAUAAAAUCAGUUAACUUAGAUUCUCGAACUGUUGAACUAUUUUAUAUUGAUUUUGGAGACACAGGAUAUCAAGAUAUUGACCAACUCAAACAAAUAAGAUCCGAACAUCUAGUGCUUCCUCCGCAAGCUGUUGAAUGCUACCUGCCAAUUUCUGCAAAGGAUAGUGAUUGGUCAGAUGAAGCUUUAGAACAUUUUGAAAAUAUUGUUCACUGCUCACAAUGGUUACCACUGGUGGCAAAAGUCAUAGGAUACAAAAAUACUGAUACUGCUAAAUAUCCUAUACUUCAGUUGGUUGAUAGCACAGAAGAAAAGGAAUUGCAUAUAUGUGACGAUAUGGUUCAAAAAGGUUAUGCGAUUGAUUUAUCAAAACAUUUUAUUGAAAAUGAUGGUUUAUUAACAACACUAGAUCAUCCAAAUAAUAAUGAGUAUGCAUAUUUUGAAUUUGAAACGUGUCUUAGUAAUGUCAAACCUGCAGAUGUUAAAGGUGUACAAGAAGAUAUCUGUAAUGAGUUAGACAGUGGUAAUGUUUUCCAUGAGAAUUUAAAAUUUUCAGAAAAUCAUACCGAUGAGACGAAUCAUCAAAGAACUAUUUUUGAAGAUUGUUUUGAAGAAAAACAAAAUAGGGAUCAGCAUCUAGAAAAUCAGUUUCUUGAUGAUGAUGAAUUCAUUAUUAAUACCCCUAAUAAGGUUACUGAACAAUUGGAAGAAUGUGGUAUAAUAAAUUCGUUAAUGUCUGGAGUUGCUAUUCAAAAUAAAACAUCUUCAGAAAGUAGUACAGACUCGCUUUGUAAUAUACCGACUCCUAAGUCUACGUCAUCGCGGCAUUCCUCUGAUGAUUUUGUUAAUAUUAACGAUAAUACUUUGAGUGGAGCGAUAUUAUCAGUUGUAAAUGAACAUUUAUCGGACAAUCUUAACAGAGACGAAGAGUUUAAGGAGCUCAACGGAGAUAUAAGUAAGUCAAGUGAAGAAAUAAUAGUGAAUGAAUUCACUGAACUUCAAAAGUCAUUAGAGGAAACGAGUCGAAAAAAUGUUAAAAGUAUGGAGUUUACUAGUGAUGACGAUGAUGAUACUGGGUCGUUUUUCAGUGCACGUUCAGAGGUGACGAUUACCGAUAUUGAAGACGUAAAUGCAGAAGACCUAUCAACAAUAGAGAGCGAUAUUUCAGUCAACAUUCCAGAUUUUUCUUCCGUUGAGUUGUUAGAGGCAAAAUCUAUUAAUGACUUUUAUGAUUCAAUGCAUGAUUCACUUUCAAAAGGACCGGUUUACACCCAAAAGAAUGGAUUACCUUACAGCAUUCAAGUUAUAGACGAAAAAAAGAAAAUGGGUUUGUCUAGUGAGUCAAAUAAAGUUUCAAGUAAAGAUCAUAUAAAUGGUUUUUGAUAAAUUUUAUUUAUGAAAGUUUUGUUAAAAUGUUUAAUAUUUUACCAGUUAUCUUGUUUUAGUGAAAUAAAAGCAUGAAAUGUUA